AUGCAAAGGCCAAGUAGAGCACCGGUGCCAUCGCAACAGGUUGAGGCUGAGCGGCACCACCGACGAGAGUUGUGGCUCCUGCAGGCUGAAGAUCUCUUCGACGACGUAAAGCUCAUCGAUGAGCUGGCCGACCCAGCAGCAACGGAGACUGGCGCAGGUGAAGGCGGUGGCGAUGAUGCUCUCGACGACUACGAGCUGUGUGAUGUGGACGAUACCUGCGCCCAUGCCAUUCCUUGGGAACACCGAAAGCUGGCCGUGGAUGAGAACGAAGAGAGCAAGAGUUCCACAGCUGCGCACAAAAACCGACGUCCCCACAAGCGCAAGCGUCGAAAAGCGAGAGAGCCCAAGCGGAUCUUCAAUGAAUACCGAGCCAUCGCCAACAGGUGUCCGCGCUGUAGGUCUCCUUUUGCGAACCUAGAGAUGAGGCAGGUGCAAGCCCGGGUCAAGGCAAAGCUCGCCGAGGAGCGCAAGGGCAAGAGACGAAGAGUUGAAGAAUGA